AUGCAUAGCCAAACACAAGACGAGGGGGGCAAUAUUGGUGUAGGCGCAGUUUUGGGGCAACCACUGGUUUUCAAACGCAUGAGUGGCUGUAACCUGACCGGUUCUGGCUUCGCCGAGUUGCAUACGAACGUCUUCGACGGCAGGAUGUCUGGCGAGAAUCCAGAGUUAAGUCCGGAAAUCAGAAUUGCGGCCCUUACGGGUUGA